CAUCCCCGGCGGACUGAGCGGCGGACAGGCUUUGGCUGGAGCCCGAGCUGCUUGGAGGGCUUGGUGGCCAUGGAGUUGGGCGAGCUGCUCUACAACAAGUCCGAGUACAUCGAGACGGCCUCUGGGAACAAAGUUAGUCGCCAGUCGGUGUUGUGCGGAAGUCAGAACAUCGUUCUCAAUGGCAAGACCAUUGUGAUGAAUGACUGUAUUAUCCGAGGGGAUCUGGCAAAUGUAAGAGUUGGACGUCAUUGUGUUGUGAAAAGUCAGAGUGUCAUAAGGCCACCGUUCAAGAAAUUCAGCAAAGGGGUUGCAUUCUUCCCUUUACAUAUUGGGGACCAUGUUUUUAUUGAGGAAGAUUGUGUGGUCAACGCGGCUCAGAUUGGCUCUUAUGUUCAUGUUGGCAAGAACUGUGUGAUUGGGCACCGGUGUGUGUUGAAAGACUGCUGCAAAAUUCUUGACAACACAGUACUACCCCCAGAAACGGUGGUCCCACCAUUCACUGUCUUCUCAGGCUGCCCAGGACUCUUCUCGGGGGAGCUUCCAGAAUGUACCCAGGAGCUGAUGAUUGACGUCACCAAGAGCUACUACCAGAAGUUUUUGCCCUUGACUCAGGUCUAAUGUGUCUGUCUCGUGUUGAAUUCGCUUGAGCUCUAAGAUGAACUUGGGGACAAAGUGAACCAGUCAGCAUCUACAAAGAGCUCUUAUGUCUUUGACACCUUCUACCCAUCCUUUUUUGUUGUUGUUGGGUUUUUUGUUUAAUUCUUCUGAAUUUCUCAAUCAUCCUCGGCUCUGAGCUCUUAAGACUUUAAUAAUAGACCAUCUGGAGGAGUUGUCUCCAAAAGUUCUGCUUAAACCGUACCUAUUAACAGUCACUUCAUACCAUUAUCUGUGGGACACAGACUCAUCUGUUCGUAGCACUCCCACUUGGUCCUGUGGAUGGCUGGGUACAGCUGAGACAGGCUGCAGAGCAGGCACUCUGUCCAGCAUGGCAGUCAUGAAGCCAGUGUGCUGCUGUGGCCAUGAAUUCCCCGCUGUGAGACCCAUCACAUGGGUCUCUCCCAGCUUUCCUAUCACUAACACAUUUGGCCAGUUGCUGCAAUUGCUCAUAAUCGUGAAGAAAAAGUGUUUGUGGCUUUUCAGGGCCCUGAUUCCUAUUGGCUACUGAAACAUGAAAGGAGGGGUGGUUAAUAUUUCUCUGCUUUCCCAAAUGACCGGAACUGUCAUUUUUG